CGACGGGUUCACACGGUUUCUCCGAGAAGCAAGGGAAGUAUAAAGUUAGCCGCCAACGACGAACGAAGAGAAACAGCCUUCCUUGAUUUCCUUAUAUUUUAGCCCACUAAGAACUUAUAGACCACCCUGUCCAUCUCAACCACCAUUAGCACUCUCUCAACCACCAUUAGCACUCCCACUUCACAACAUCAACCCCCUCACCAUGACCACCCCUUCCAUCACGGCCCUCGCGGCCCAAGCCAAGACCUUCAAAGCCCUCCACGUCCCCGGCAACCCCCUCCUCCUCGCCAACGUAUACGACGCCACCUCAGCUCGUAUCGUGGGCUCCCUUCCAGGAUGCCGCGCCUUAGCAUCCGCAAGCUAUGCUCUCGCCAAAACCAUCGGGGUGGAAGACGACGAGCUCACGCUGGAGCAGAACUUUGCGCUGCUCAAGCCCAUCGCCGCCGUGGCGCACGAGUUGAAUCUGCCCUUCACCAUCGACAUCCAGGACGGCUACGGCGACCGGCUGGAGGAGGUCAUCCGCCGCGCCAUCACUGAGCUGGGCGCCGUGGGCGUUAACCUAGAGGACUCGUUCCUCCGCACCGGGAAGAUGAUGGACGAGGCCGAGGCGCUGGAGAGGGUCCGGCGGGCCCUCAAGGUUGCGGUUGAGGUGGGCGUGCCGGACUUUGUGGUCAACGCCAGGUCGGAUACUUUCCUCAAGGGCGGGGAGUUGGACGUGUCGAUCGAGCGGGGAAAGAAGUUUUUGGACGCGGGGGCGACGACGGUCUACGUCUUUUGGCCCCCGGUCAAGGAGAUGGUCGAGGCUGAUGUGAAGCGCGUGAUUGACGAGCUGGACGGGAGGACCAACAUCCAGCCGCGCAAGGUCUCUCCGGUGCAGACCAAGGCGUUGACCAGCGCCGACCUUGCCAAAUUAGGCACAGCGAGAGUGAGCGUUGGGCCAGGGUUGUAUCUCGCUGCUGCGAAGCUGCUCUCGGCGGCAGCAAACGAGGUGUUUGCCGUUUGAUUCAGGGGUGAAUGUCGAUGGUGGUAAAUCAAAAUCAGCAAAAGAGAAUCAUACCUCUCCCAUCAAACCACGUCUAACUCGGCUCGUAACGCCUAUGUCCAUACUUAUUGGGACUCCCACAGCAAACAGGUGGGGAGCAACCACGCCGCCCAGCGGCGUUGCCGGUAUGACUCGCUACAUCGACAGAUGUGGGAAACAAAAAGGGGGCCAGCCAGGGUUCGAACCUGGGACCACUUGCAGAAAGGAAUCUUAUCCCAAAGCAAGUAUGCUAACCACUGCACCACAGGCCCGAGUUGCUG